CUGUCAUUGUUCAUCAUGCUUGCUAUCUAAGAAUACUUGCUUUAAGUACCUAUUUUAUAGGUUAGAAAACAGAAAAACAUUCUUUCUUAACCUCUUUAUUUCAUAUAUUUUUAUUACUUAUUAAUUGGAAAAAUAAUAAGCAAAAUGGUGAAAAAGAAAAUAGAUAACCGUAUUAGAGUUAUGAUCGAAAAUGGGGUUAAACUUGGACAUCGUACUAUGUUUUUACUCGUCGGUGACAAAAGCAGAGACCAAGUCCCAAUUUUAUAUGAUAUGCUCGUGAAAUCUACUGUUAAGGCAAGGCCUACUGUUCUUUGGUGCUAUAAAAAUAAGGAUGAAGCUAUAAGCAAUCAUGGCCGUAAGAGAGCGAAAAAAAUAGCCGCUGGUAAAUUAGAAGUGUCUGAAGAGUCACUGUUUGAUGCAUUCAGAGUAGCAACCACAAUACACGGGCGAUAUUAUUCUGAAAGUCAUGCCAUGCUCGGUCAAACUUAUGGUGUUUGUGUUUUGCAGGACUUUGAGGCGUUGACACCCAAUUUGAUGGCGCGUACAAUCGAAACGGUAGAAGGUGGAGGGCUUAUCAUCUUUUUAUUGAAGACUAUGGAUUCCUUACGACAGCUUCACUCAAUCACCAUGGAUGUUCAUGCACGGUUUAAAACAGAAGCACAUGAUACAGUGGUGAAUCGUUUCAAUGAAAGAUUCUUGCUGUCGUUAGCUGAUCACCCUCGGUGUUUGAUUCUGGAUGAUACACUCACCGUCCUGCCAAUAUCAUCGAAGACUGCUCAAGUGGAACCAGUAGAUACUGUGCCAGAGCGGGUAAACCCCAAACUAAGGGAUUUAAUAUCGUCUCUGUCCGAUUCUCCGCCGGCCGGUCCUCUAGUAGCACUGUGCCGCACGUUCGACCAGGCGACAGCACUAGUCGCGCUCAUCAAUACACUAGCAGACAAACAGUCCAGGCCUCCACACUGCCUUACAGCGGCUCGUGGUCGAGGCAAGUCGGCCUGCCUGGGCCUUGCUGUGGCCGCCUCAAUCGCCCUCGGCUACGUAAACAUCUAUGUUACAUCUCCGCACCCUGAAAACUUGAUCACACUCUUCGAAUUUGUACUGAAAGGGCUCGACGCCUGUUUAUACCAAGAACACAUAGAUUAUAACAUUGUGAGGUCAACCAAUCCGGACUUUAAGAAGGCAAUUGUGAGGAUUAAUAUUUCUAGGAAUUCGAGGCAGACUGUACAGUACAUGACCCCGGACGACCACUCGCUGCUGGCGGCGGCGGACCUGGUGCUGGUGGACGAGGCGGCGGCCAUCCCGCUGGCGCACGUGGCGGCGGCGGCGGCGCGCGCGCCGCUGGCGCUGCUGUCGUCCACCGUGUCCGGCUACGAGGGCACCGGCCGCGCACUCUCGCUCAAACUCUUCGCGCAGCUGCAGACCAAGCACGACGCGCCGCCGCCCAUAAAAUUAGAGGAACCGAUUCGGUACCGGACCGGAGAUCCGGUGGAAGCAUGGUUGAAUGCACUUCUGUGCUUGGAGGCACCUCCUCCGGCUGUAGGCGUGGGUGCUCCGUCCCCAGCAGCUUGCGACUUGUUCCGGGUCAACCGGGACGCGUUGUUCUGCUAUCACCGCGCCGCUGAGGCCUUCCUACACCGACUAGUCUCUAUCUACGUCGCUAGUCAUUAUAAAAACAGUCCGAACGACCUUCAGCUGUUAGCGGAUGCGCCGGCGCACUGCCUGUUCGUGCUGUUAGCGCCCACGCCGCCCGCCUCCACCGCCAUGCCCGAAAUACUAUGUGUCGUGCAGAUGUGCCUCGAGGGGAACAUCUCUGACAAAUCAGUUCGCGACAACUUAGGGCGAGGGCGGAAAGCGGCCGGCGACUUGAUCCCAUGGAAUAUAUGCGAGCAAUUCGGCGACAAAGACUUCCCGAAGCUGUCCGGCGCCAGGGUUGUGAGGAUAGCGACGCACCCCUCGUAUCAACGGAUGGGUUAUGGGAAGCGAGCGUUACAACAGCUGACCGCUUACUACAGCGGGCAGAUACCGUGCUUGGAUAAAGCGGAGUCCGAUGAAGAGGAUACAUCCAACGGUAGACUGGAGACGCUACAGACAGAGACAAUAGUGCCUAGAGCGAAACCACCGACCUUACUAAGGCGACUCACAGAAGUGAGAGCAGAACAUUUGGACUACAUAGGCACCAGUUUUGGAUUAACAGAAGAUUUGCUCAAGUUUUGGAAAUCUCAAAAGUACAUACCUGUUUAUAUAAGUCAAAAAGCGAACGAGCUGACUGGCGAGCACUCUUGCAUCAUGCUGCUGUCGUUACAAGCGGAAGCGGGAGCGGGGAGCGGUUGGGUAGCGGCGUACAGCGCGGACUACAGACGGCGGCUGUCGCGUCUGCUGGCCCGCUCGUUGCGUUGUCUGCCUGCAGCGUUAGCACUUAGGGCGCUAGGACCUAGUGCCUCCAGUGGGCCGGCUCUAACGAAGCAGCUAAUCGAGCAGCACCUAUCAGGUCACGACCUGUCCAGGCUGGAGGCGUACAGCCGGCAACAAGCGGACUACAGACUGGUGACUGAUCUGUUACAGCCCCUCGCCACGCUCGUCUUCCACACGCGAGCACCCUUCAAGUUGGAUGCUGUACAGCAGGUUAUAUUCGUAGCAAUGGGAUUUCAAAUGAAAGAAGUAGACGACAUUGCGGGCGAGUUGAGUUUACCGGGCUCGCAAAUCCUAGCCAAAUUCUACGAAGCCUGCAAGAAGAUAAACAAUGUCGUCAACGCCGUGGUAGAAGAUACUGUAGCUAAAGAAAUAGGUAUAGAAGAUAAGACUGCAGACGACGUGAAAGCAGACGGCCCUGUGAAGCAGAGUCUACGAGAGGAAUUGUCGAAAGCAGCUAAGGAAUUGGAGCGUAAGCAGCGCAAAGAAUUAUCCAAGCUAAUGGGUGAAGACCUGGCACAGUACCGCAUCAAAGGCAGCGAUUUGGACUGGGGGCAGGCCCUCGCAGGCUCCAACAAGAAGAGUCUCGUCUCGGUCAAGAGCGGUGAAAAGCGGUUAGGCGACGACAGCAAGGAGAUCGACGACCUAAUAGAAGCCCACGCGAACAAGACAAAAAAGAAAAAGAAACAUAACAGGAAUUGAAUAAAAUGUUAAUUUUAUUUAAAUAUUUAUUUUAUUUACUA